AUACAAUAAUCCGAAACAAAGCGUUUUGAUUGGACCACGUACCAGAAACCCGUUAAUCGCCGCAUUAUAAGAACCGAGUUUACCUUUUCCACGGCCUCGUCCUUCUUCAAAAGUACGUUGCAUUCCACGAAUUUCUUCUCUCUCGAAGAGGGUAAACUCGUAAUGUUGGUUCCGAUUUUUUCGGAAAAACGCCUUCGUUUCUUUCCCAGCGAAUUUUUCUUUUGUUCGACGAACCUUGGAUUCAUUUCAGUAGCAUAGUUCAGGGUUUAUUUUCCAUUGAAUUUUGAAACUUCUUUUUUUGGUAAUUUCAUCAUUGAAAAGCCGAGGCAUUGGGUUGAAAGGGAGAACUGGUUUUCAACUGUGAACUGAUUGAAUUACCUUGUACGGCAAUUUCAAGAAUGGUCUGUCCGGGUUCAACGCAAUUGUCUCAUGAUGUUAGGCUCAACAGUAAUAUUGGAUUCUGUAGUUUCCAUCACAAUCGGAUGGGGGUUGGUCGAUUACAUUUGGUCACUAUAAAUCUUUCACCAAGUAAUUUGAAGCAAGACUCUUCAGCAUUCCAUCUUUUAAGUAGACUACAUGCCCCAAUAAGGCAUGUGCCUUCCAGAUGUAAUGUUUUCAUUUGUCGGUCUGUCCUAAUACCUGGUGGAGGGAGUGGGACUCCACUCAUGAAAUCUGCUAGUGUUAUUUUAACAAGGUCAUAUGAUGCUCUACAAGGAAACCCUAUUUUCCUUCAAUUGAUCCCAGCCAUUGGUAUCAUUGCCUUUGCUGUUUGCGGUCUUGAGCCACUCCUUCGUCUCAGCAGGGUUUUGUUCCUUCAGAGUACUGACAUUAGUUGGAAGAAAAGUAGUUCGCAAUCUAUUAUGACAUCUUAUAUUCAGCCAUUGCUGUUGUGGACUGGGGCAAUGCUUGUAUGCAGGGCAUUAGAUCCACUAGUCCUACCAUCUGAGUCCAGCCAGGUUGUGAAGCAGCGGCUGCUGAAUUUUGUGAGAUCUUUGUCAACAGUGAUUUCAUUUGCUUACUGUUUAUCAAGCUUAAUUCAACAAGCGCAAAAAUUCUUUCUGGAGGGAAAUGACUCCAGUGGUGCAAGAAAUAUGGGCCUUGAUUUUGCUGGGAAGGCAGUAUAUACUGCUGUAUGGGUUGCUGCUGUUUCGUUGUUCAUGGAGUUGCUAGGUUUCUCCACACAGAAGUGGGUAACUGCUGGUGGUUUGGGCACAGUAUUGCUCACUCUGGCAGGUCGUGAGAUAUUUACAAACUUUCUUUCGAGCAUAAUGAUCCAUGCAACUCGGCCAUUUAUAGUAAACGAGUGGAUUCAAACGAAGAUUGAAGGAUAUGAGGUUUCUGGCACAGUUGAGCAUGUAGGCUGGUGGUCACCAACCAUCAUCAGAGGUGAUGAUCGUGAGGCAGUUCAUAUUCCUAACCACAAGUUUACAGUAAAUGUUGUGAGAAAUCUGAGCCAGAAAUCUCAUUGGCGUAUCAAGAGUUACAUUGCUAUCAGUCACUUGGAUGUUAACAAAGUUAAUAAUAUUGUAGCUGAUAUGCGCAAGGUUUUGUCUAAAAAUCCUCAAGUAGAGCAGCAAAAAUUACACAGAAGGGUCUUUUUGGAGAAUGUCAAUCCUGAAAAUCAGGCUCUUAUGAUAUUAAUAUCUUGCUUUGUGAAAACUUCUCAUUUUGAAGAGUACCUCUGUGUUAAGGAGGCAAUCCUUUUGGAUCUUCUCAGAGUGGUCAGUCAUCAUCGAGCCAGGCUAGCCACUCCCAUCCGCACUGUUCAGAAAAUAUACAGUGAGGCUGACUCGGAAAAUAUACCCUUUGGGGACACCAUUUUCACUCGAUCUAGAGCAGCAAAUCGUCCAUUUCUACUGAUAGAACCACCGUAUAAAGUUAAUGGCGAAGAUAAAGUUAAGGCUUCAACACGUUCAACUCGUGCAAAUGAGGAAAAAGAUUCCAAAAUUGAUGAAACCAUGGCAUCUGACACCAAAGAAGAUGAGAAUUUUACAGCAACAUCAACCUCCUCACCUGAUGUAAUUUCCAAGGAUAAAUCCAAGUCAUUGUCUGAUGCCCAGCCUAAAAAGGAAAAUGCAGUAGAUGCAGGAAAGGGAACUACAGUUCCUGUAUCUAAAAACCUUGUUCAAAGUGCUGUUCCUGAAGCCUCUCUUGCUACUACCCAAGAGAUCACUUCUGCAACUUCUUCACAGUCAAAGCAAGAUGAAGAGAAAUCUUCUGUGUCUUUGCCAUCAGUUAGGCCUUCCUUGGAAGAGAACAUUCUUCUUGGGGUUGCCAUAGAAGGCUCAAAACGAACUCUUCCAAUUGAGGGAGAAAUGACUCCAUCUCCUAUGCCUGCAGAGUCACAAGAAUUUGCUGUUCAACGGAAUGGGGGUGGACCUCCGGCUAGCAAGGAUAAGAAGGAUGGUCAGUCUUCAUUUCCAACUGGUAAACAGAAUGACUAGAUUAGUAGCUAAGUUAAGCAGAUUAGAAGUUGAUAUUUCAGUACAUACCUUCGAUAGAAGCUAAAAAAAAUAAUCCAGCUGUCUUUUUUAUAAGUUGGAAUUAUGCAUUGUAUUCUCCUUAAUUUGCCCAUGUAUGUACAUAAUUAUCAAUUCAUGGUUCACAUAACUUUCAGAAUCUCUAAAUAGUCCUGAUAUAUGGUUUGUUCCCCACACCCGGGUAAAUGCAUACAUUUAAAUAA